UUCUUUGUUCUAGACCAAGUUUUGUAAAUUUUUUCCUGUUUACUAGGUUGCUUUCAAGAUGUACUUGGGAAUUACACCAAGUGUGACCUGUAACAAUUCAAGCAGAAAUGAAUUUUCGCUGAUUCCAGAAAAGAAUCCUCUGGUGGAGUUUGUGGAAGAGCUCCCUGCUGGGCGAUCUUCUCUGUGCUACUGCAGUUUACUCUGUGGGAUUAUCAGAGGGGCCCUGGAAAUGGUUCAUUUAGCUGCUGAUGUUACAUUCUUGCAAAACAGACUAAAAAGCGACAGUGUGACAGAAAUAGGAAUGACAUUUCUGAAAAAGCUGGAUGAGGAAAAAUACAGACGGAAAAAACGAAGAAUAGCAUGCAAAAUGCCACAGUCUGGCUGGCUGAGCAGUUAA